CCGGAUUUGCUCUGUUGUGCUCUGUGAAUUUGCGCGCACUCUUGUUUGAUGCACACUGCAAACCGUGUGAACGAGCAACGAUGAUGAGGGGACGAAGAAGGGGGCUGGGAGUGAGAACCCGUACAAGCGUGGGGUCAGUGCUAGCCGUGCGACUUCAGGGCUUCAGACCAAGCAGUCCAAGAGGAAGCGGAACACUGCACGACUUCUUCGGUGGCACGGACCACAGCGUGCCGACGUUCUUCUUGUUGGACUUUCCGCGCAAGCGUGCUCGGUUCGUGCGCCAGCUGCCGGCAAACACAUAUGUGCUGAAGAGCUCCAUCAAGUGGCACGGCAAACAGUUGCAGCUGUGCUCGCGGCAUCCUCUGCCGUCCAAAGAAGACUCCGCACAGAUACCUCGCUCCUCUUACCCAGACCACGCCGUGUCAAUCCUCAAAAGCCAUCUCCAAAAAUGCGUGAGGCGGCAGCGGGCCGAGCUUGUGGCAUCCACCAUGCGAGAGCUGAUGGCUUUGGCCAUGUUUGAUCUGCUGCGUCGCCUCCCCAUCAUCGUGAUUGAGGACGUGUGCCUGCACCAGCAGUUCCCUGUGUUGGUGUGGUUGAUGGCGGCGGUUUCCAAAGGCGCAGACUUGUCCGCGGAGAUGCUUGACUGGCUUGUCUCGUUUGCCGCCAUGCUGGCCAACUGCCCCCACCGUGAUGACUCUGCCAUGUUUCCAGACUCUGCCGAAGCCUUUGACGUCCAAAAGAUAUCAAAGGAACUGAAGAACGAAGAGCAAAAGUCGCUGCUGUACAGCAUGCAGCUGCGACGCAGCUUUGGUGGCAUGUCGUGCGACGGCGCCAUGAUGGACAAAAUGACGCGGGUGUGGUUGCGCCGUUUCAAAGUCGAUCCAGACAUGACCACAUGUCGUCCAGCGCUCUCCACACCGCUCCCUAGCCUCUCCCUCAAAGCCACUCCGCCACUGAACCGUGCAAAGUGGGAGCUUGCAGCCGUUGACUUCCACUGCUCCGGCGUUGUUGACUCCUUGAAGGCCACACACCCGGAGAUGGGUGAGGGCGAGAUCAAGCAGCUCAUGUGGGAUUGCAGCAGCGGCAUCAACACCCGCACCAGGCGCAGCUUCGACGAAGCAGGGCAGGAAACAGCUCAGCACAAGCCGACAACACACAACAAGAAGGAUGCACGGGCUGACGACGAUGACGAUGACGACAAUGACAACGACGUGGACUACGGUUCAACAACAACAACAACAGCAAGUGAACACGAGGCAGAGCUGAAAGUCUGGCGCACGCUGCUCCAAUCCACUGCCCGCGCUUUUGCGCAACGCCUCAUCGCUCGCCUCUGAGCAAAACCUAUGGAAGCCAUAAACAACUUUCAGC